UAUCAUCACGUAUUUAGUCAAAACAUAUUCUUUCACAUGAUAAUUGGUAAUCACAGCUUCCUUUUGAGAGGGGCGUUUCCAAAACGCUCUAGAAUUUCGACCAAUACCCAGACAUUCGUUGAUGUAUAUUUUAUUUGAUGGUUCUUUUGUCAACUCAAUUGUGUAAAUCCCGUUCAUGUGUCUUUCUGGAAAUAAAAUAAUUACAUAAUUCUUUCCAUUAAAAAAAAAAUAUAUAGACCCUAUCAUUGAUCGAGCGAUAUAUAGCACCGAAUUAAUUAUGCACCGCCUAUAUACCGAGAGCACUGCAGCAUCUGCAUGCACGUUAAUUAAGUAAACAAGUGCACUCCAUGCUUCAGACGAGUGGGACUGAGUGUUGUGGGGACUUUGGUCAUUUUUUAAAACAAUUUUUUUUUCUCAUUCUUGCACGACUCCAAGUUUGCUUAAAUAAUUCAUGAUAUCUUUUCCUAGAGAAAAAAGGAAACAAGAUGGUGAAUCCCGAUAGUUUCUUUUUUAAAUACGGUUUGUCAGCAUGUGCUGCGACGGUAGCAGAAACAGUCACUUAUCCUUUGGACAUCACAAAGACAAGAUUGCAGAUACAGGGAGAGGUUGCCGCAGCUAAGCACUACAGGACAGCUGAAGCAAUUCCUUACAGGGGCAUGGUUAGGACAGCAUUAGGCAUUGUUCAGGAAGAAGGUCUUUUAAAACUAUGGCAGGGAGUCACACCUGCAAUAUACAGACAUAUAGUGUAUACUGGUUGUCGUAUGGGUUCAUAUGAAUACAUUCGAGACAGAUUAUUUGGCAAGAAUCCAGAUGGCACAUUUUCAGUUUGGAAGGCAAUAAUAGCAGGGUCAACAGCAGGAGCUUUUGCUCAGUUCCUGUCCAGCCCUACAGACCUGGUCAAGGUACAGAUGCAGACAGAAGGCCGCAGGAGAUUAGAAGGAAGGCCACCUAGGGUAAAUACAGCAUUCCAGUGUUUCCGAGAGAUCCUUCACGAUGGAGGUAUCAGGGGUCUAUGGAAAGGUUGGGUGCCUAAUGUACAAAGAGCAGCACUCGUCAACAUGGGAGACUUAACAACAUAUGACACUGUAAAGCACCUUCUUCUAAAUCACACCACUCUUAGAGAUAACUAUGUCACGCAUGGUCUAUCGAGCAUAUGUUCAGGUCUCGUUGCUGCAAUAGUUAGUACCCCAGCAGACGUUGUGAAGACGAGAAUAAUGAACCAGGGUACUGAUACAUCAGGACGCCCUCUUCUCUACAAGUCAUCCAUGGAUUGUUUACUCAAGUCUGUCAAGCAGGAGGGUUUCUGGUCUCUUUACAAAGGCUUCCUACCUAUCUGGGCAAGAAUGGCUCCAUGGUCAUUAACAUUCUGGAUAUCAUAUGAGGAGAUCAGAAAACUGGCGGGAACAGCAAGUUUCUAGCCAGAGAGAGAGGCCUCUGCCUCUAAACCAGCUAUACAGACUUGAUGUCAACAAGUGUUAACCUGCAAUACUCUACACCGUCCGUGCCAAAUUAUUGAAGAUGCAACAUCGUUCCCUCUCUCUCUAUCUAGUAAGGAGAGACGUGUGAAUGGUGCAACAAGUGCACCCUUAUAAAAUUGAUUUUUACUAUAGUGUAUCUGUGUGUAUCUUAGCGACGUAAAUUAGUGAUCCAACAUUUGCUCCUUAGCUCCAGUUAUUCUGUUUCAGAUACUGGAUUAAGGUUUUGCUGGGUUGCAGGUUGGGGUUCAAUUAAAAGGAAAGUCUGGCCCAUUUGCAAACUGAUUUGAAUAGAUAGAGAAAAAUUCAACAAAUAUAACACUGACAAUUUCAUCAAAAUCGUAUUAAAAAAAUAAAAAAAGGUAUUGAAUUUUAAAAUUGUACAUAAUUUCAUGAAACAGCCUGUACGCAAAUCAGCGAGUUGAUGUCAUCCCCUCACUUUUCUCUAUCUC